UCUUAUUAUUCCUGUCCCUUUAAGAAGGAGCUGAUCCCGCGUGACUCAGCAUUUUCUUCAGGGAAAGCGUGCCGUCUGGUUUCAAGGAGAGAGGAGCAGGCGGUCACUCCUGCUUUGGGCUUCGUCUCGACUGGCUGAAUCUCCGGCAUGCCUGGCAAAUACACGGUCACCUACUUCCCUGUCCGCGGGCGCUGUGAGGCCCUGCGGAUGCUGUUGGCUGACCAGGGACAGGAAUGGACAGAGGAUGUGAUGACUAGAGAGAUAUGGCAGAAAGGAGACAUCAAGAAAUCAUGUGUCUUUGGGCAGCUGCCUAGAUUUCAGGAUGGAGACUUCAUGCUGUAUCAGUCAAAUGCUAUUCUACGCCACUUGGCUCGGAACCAUGGGCUCUAUGGUCAAGAUGCACGGGAAGCAGCACUGCUGGACAUGGUGAAUGAUGGCGUGGAGGACUUGCGUGUGAAAUAUUAUCGCCUCAUCUACCAGAACUAUGAGGAUGGCAAAGCUGCCUAUGUUGAGGCCCUGCCAGGGGAACUGCGUCCUUUUGAGAAUCUUCUGGCUCAGAAUAAUGGUGGGAAGGCCUUCAUUGUAGGCAAACAGAUCUCCUUUGUGGACUACAAUUUGCUGGAUGUGCUACAUGUGCACCUGGUCCUGGCACCUGAUUGCCUGGCUUCCUUGCCUUUUCUGGCUGGCUAUGUGCAGCGGCUCAAUGCUCGGCCCCUUCUCAAGGCUUUCCUGGAGUCUGAUGCACACAAGAAGCGCCCAAUUAAUGGGAAUGGCAAACAGUGAGAAGAAUGGCUCCUCCAAGUUGCAAUGCUUUCUCUUACCUAUGGGAACAUUGUAGUUUUGUAUGCUUCAUUGUGGAAUAUAGCUCAUUUGAAGAAGGA